AAGUGCUAAACUUAAUCUCAGAAUUCCAUCAGAAAAUUCUGGGAUGUUGCUUUGAUUCAGAUUUGAAAGCCUCACUAAACAGGAAAAACUCUCAUAUGGGAAUGACCCUUUUGAGUUUAUGUUUCUCAUUCCUUCAUACAUUCAUGAUGUUGAGGAAGAAUCUCUAAUUAGCUCCCAUUGAUUGCUAUUGGUGAACCCAUCAAACCCUCUUCCCAAAAUUUUAAUCUUUUUUUUCUUUCCUGUGAACUUGAAUUCCUAGGAAAAAAAAAAAAAAACCAUAAAGAGAGAGAAAGUGAUGGCACCCAAUUCAUUUCCUGUGACAACUGAGAAGACUAACGACUUCACCUUGUUACAAUUUCAUGAUUCGGAUUCUCCCAUGUUUCCCGAGAAGCAAAAAGCUGCGAGUCCCAAACAGUUUACGUGGGUUCUGCUCCUUAAACUUCACAGAGUUCUGACCUGCUUGUCGGGUUUGACCACAGGUUUCAAAUCCACUUUUGCUUUGGUCAAGAAACGCAUUUCAUUGUCUGAUAUAAGCGAUGAGGGUCCUAAGAAUAGAGGAAGGUUAUACAGGUUCAUCAAGGUUUUUCUUGCUCUUUCAAUUGGUGGUUUGGCUGUAGAAAUCAUUGCUCAUUUCAAUAAAUGGAAUUUGCAUAUGAUCCCAUCAUGGGAGGUUCAGGGUCUUCUUCAAUCGUCCUAUGUGUCUUGGCUUUCUUUCAGAGAAGAUUAUGUUGCUCCUUUAGUCUUGUUUGUUUCAAAGUUCUGUAUUGUGCUCUUCUUGAUUCAAUCUCUGGAUCGCCUUGUUCUUUGCCUUGGGUGCUUCUGGAUCAAGUAUAAGAAGCUGAAGCCUACCAUUGAAGCAGAUGCAUAUGACAUUGAAGAUCCUUCAAGCUUCCCAAUGGUCCUUGUUCAGAUUCCCAUGUGCAAUGAAAGAGAGGUUUAUUCACAAUCCAUUGGUGCUGCUUGUCAACUUGAUUGGCCAAAAGACAGAAUACUAAUUCAAGUCCUAGAUGAUUCAGAUGAUGCCAAUUUACAGCUCCUCAUCCAAGAUGAGGUUUCCUCUUGGAAAGAGAAAGGGGUCAACAUUGUGUACAGGCACAGAUUGAUCAGAACUGGGUAUAAAGCUGGAAAUCUUAAGUCAGCCAUGUCAUGUGACUAUGUCAAAGACUAUGAAUUUGUAGCAAUAUUUGAUGCAGAUUUCCAGCCCAAUCCUGAUUACCUCAAACUAACAGUUCCCCAUUUCAAGGGAAAACCUGACUUGGGUUUGGUUCAGGCUAGAUGGUCCUUUGUGAACAAGGAUGAGAAUUUGCUUACAAGGCUCCAGAAUAUCAACUUGUGCUUUCACUUUGAAGUGGAACAACAAGUUAAUGGUCAUUUCCUGAAUUUCUUUGGAUUCAAUGGAACAGCAGGUGUUUGGAGGAUAAAGGCUUUGGAGGAUUCAGGGGGAUGGUUGGAGAGGACCACAGUUGAGGACAUGGACAUAGCAGUUCGAGCUCACUUGAAUGGUUGGAAGUUCAUCUUCCUUAAUGAUGUCAAAGUUCUAUGUGAAUUACCAGAGUCUUAUGAAGCUUAUAAGAAACAACAACAUCGCUGGCAUUCUGGUCCAAUGCAGCUUUUCCGCCUAUGUCUUCCUUCUAUAAUAACUUCCAAGAUGUCAGCAUGGAAGAAAGCUAACCUGAUAUUGUUGUUCUUCCUUUUGAGGAAACUUAUACUUCCAUUUUACUCAUUCACCUUGUUCUGCAUCAUACUACCCUUGACUAUGUUCAUACCUGAGUCUGAACUACCCCUUUGGGUGAUAUGUUAUGUCCCCAUUUUCAUGUCUUUCUUGAACAUUCUUCCAUCCCCAAAAUCUGUCCCUUUUCUUGUUCCUUAUCUCCUCUUUGAGAACACCAUGUCUGUUACAAAGUUCAAUGCCAUGGUUUCUGGACUGUUUCAACUAGGAAGUGCUUAUGAAUGGGUGGUGACAAAGAAGACAGGGAGAUCAUCUGAGUCAGAUUUAUUAGCCCUGGCUGAGAGAGAAUCAAAGUCUUCAAGUGAAGAUAAAAUUCUCAGAAGGCACUCAGAGUCUGGUUUGGAAUUAUUAGGCAAACUUAAGCAAAUAGAAGUACCUUCCAAGAAGAAGAGAAACAAGCUCUAUAGGAAGGAGCUAGCACUUGCAUUUCUUUUGCUCACAGCAUCUGCAAGAAGUCUUCUAUCAGCACAUGGUGUUCAUUUCUAUUUUUUGCUCUUCCAAGGAUUGGCAUUUCUCGUUAUGGGUUUGGACUUAAUUGGUGAGCAAGUGAACUGAAACAAGGCAUGGGAAUUGUUUUUACUUGUUUUUGACACCAAUACUUGGUUCUGAGUCCAUAUUUCUGUUGAAGAUCAUGGAAGAUACAAUUGUUUGAAAGAGCUAUAUCAGAUUGCAAGAAACAAGAUAUAGAGUAAAUUUGAUUGUCUAGUCAUAAAAAUAUAAAGAAUAAUAAGCACUGAGGAUCCAUAGAUAAAAAUUGUAAUUUUUUUCUCUAUCCCAUUUUUUUGUAGACUUCAAAUUUAUCAGAGUGAUUUGUUGGCUUUUUGUUGAUUUUCACUUGUGUAAAGCUUUAGGACUAAGAAAACAUUGUUGG